AUGUUUGAUUGUCUUGGGAUUUUGCACUCAUUCCUCGAAGUAGGCGGAGAUGGAGUGGUCCUUUUGGGUUCAUAUUUUGAAAGGAAGGAUGAGAAGAAAGAUGAAAGAGUUGAGCGCUUAGUGGAUAUGAUCAAAGGAAACUACGAUUGGAGAAAUCAUGUUUGGGGAGUAUCGGAAGGAGGUCCAGUGUCUGAAAUGGUGGAAUCUGAGGAAGAGAAAGAAGAGGAAGGAGAUGCCGAUGCUGAUACCGAGAUUGGUGAGAGUAGUCAUGUUACACCGGAUGUGGAUUCAGGUACAAAGAAGAGAAAGAAUGCUGACCAAGGAGCAGAUGCAAGGAAGAAGAAGUUGUUGUGCCAGCUAGCUGCUUCAAACAAGGGGAGCGGGAGCACUGACACAGACAUGAAGCAAUUCUUCGAGGGUUUGCUAAAAGCUUCAUUUACUGCGUUUGAGGGGAAAAUUGUACAACAGGUCUCCGAUCGAAUCGACAAGAUUGAGACAGAGGUAACAAGCAGGCUUGGGAAGUUGGAGAGUGAGGUUUCACAGCUCAGGACCGCAUUAGUCCUCUCCGAAAUAGCAGGAAAGAGUGAUCAACAUACCGGUCCUAGCAAGAGUAGAGUAGACACAGCUCCUGCCUUCUCCCGAAAAGACACAGUUCCUGCCUUCUCCAAGAAAGACAGCGCUCCUGCCAAGACCAAAAAAAUCACAGGUCCACAAACAAGAAAGGUAACGAAUAAGAGAAAGGAAUUAAUCACCGAUGAUCCGCUUAUUGAUUUAUCUGGAGUAAACUUGACUCUAUCACCAGGAAUUGAUGUGCAUAUGAGUACACAAGAUUACUUGCAAAGAAGCUUUCCGGACCUUUCACAGGAUACAUUUGUAGAGGGUUUUGAUCCUUCUCAACCUAAAACCGAUGAUCCAGGAACAGCACAGAAGAUAACAAUACCACAAUUAAAUGAUCGCCAAAUAGAUCGUGCCCGCGAACCUGAUGCGCCAUUGGUAUAUGUGUCUAAUGAAGAUUUCGAAAAAAAUGACGAACUGGCAGGACUUAAGAACGUUGGUCCAUGUUUAUUAGUGGAUGAUAUAUGUAAGCGUAUUAUAUCUCCAACUGAGUGGCUUCACAACAUU